AUGGCAGCCGCUGAUGCUGACCCUGUUAACGGUGGCAGUAGCAUUCAACAUGCUGCCACACACAUAAAUUCUCUCGCCAACAAUAUACAACUGCUUCCCGCAAAUGUCUUAUUCGAUAUUUGCAAGAUGGGGAGCCUCAGGGAUUUUGUCCAGAACUGCGAAGAUGAACAAACUAUACCGCAAGGUCAUACACACCUUGCCUGCAAUGCAUUCGUGCAGUUUAUGCAGAAUGCAUUGUCUUCAAGAAUACAAACCACGCAGCGUCUGGGGUAUUCACAUAAGACAUGGCUCUCUGUCUUCGAAGUGGUUUUGACCAGGCUCGAGGAGGCCGCCUUAAGACCAAUGAAACAGGUUCUCGCUACUUUGACCAAGAUUCUUGUAAACCAUCCAGAUAUUGAUGAAGCUCGCUUGAUAUUUGCGGGAAUUAAGGAUGCAAUUAUGCCCAGUAUAAUCCUGGGAGAUCCGAAGUCACGCGUGAAAUCGUCCCUCGCCUGUUUGGAGAGGUUUGUACGUGAUGGAAUAUCUCCAUUGACGUUAAUGUCACUGGUCUACGACUGGUUGGCUGCGCACUAUGGCAAAUGGCGACCUCUGUUUGCGGAGCAAUUUCAAAUUGUAUCGACAGAUAUAUCGCACUUCUCUAGCACCAAUGCCAGCUACAUUGAUGCUGGCAUCGACGUAAAGCGCAGCGUCGCUAUAAUAUUCAAUUUGGCUUUACUGAUGCAUGCCGAAAAUCAAGGCCAUAGCCAAGCCGUUGGAACUUUGAUGGCUUUAUUGUACACCAAAUCAGACAACACUGAAGACAAACUCUUACAGAGCUGCUAUCCUCUUGCAAGCUGGACUUUGCCAACAAAGUAUGCCAUGCUACAAAUGAUGGAUACGUUAGAUGGGAAGUCCAAAACACUACUCUCGUCACUUUUAGGAUCUGACAUAAGAGGAUUUCGAGCUUUCAUUGCGGAACUACCCUUGGAGACAGUACUCUCUGGGGAUAUGAAAAGCGAGAGAACUAUUGAUGAGUUUCUUUUGCUGUUUUCUGCUUUGAGAAUAGGCAAGGAAGUUGGCUUUGUACAUGAAGACACAAGCCCCCCGAGCAUGCCUAUCUCUGCAGCUGCAUUGAGGUCAAUCUUAGCAGGCCUGCCUUCUGUAUAUGCGGAAUCCGACUCUCAGUUCCGCCAAGAAGUGCUGAGUCUCAUAAAACAGCUCAUGCCGCGUUUGCGAGGUGCAAUGACACAGAAAGAUUUCCUGGAAAAGGAGGGAAAGGACGCCAAAAUAUUCAUGGAGAACUAUAUCAAUUUUCUGGAGGAGGAACUGAUACCUACCGCUUCUUAUCAACGCCACAUAUCCGCGUUGAAGUCGAUUUCUGUUGUGGUAAACAGUGGCGUUGAUCCGAACGCUACACAUGUCCCACAGAACGAACAGGUCCUGUGGCGGUAUAAGAUACAUGUUCUACGACCAAGCCUUUUUCGACUACUGGUGGACCUUCUUCUAUCUUCAUUCGACGACAUCAGAGGACUUGCUCUGGAAAUAAUCAGUCUUUUCCCAAGUCAAGUCCCUGAUCUUCCGGAAGUUAAAGGAUCUGAUAUUAGGGAACGGCUUAUCACUGCCCUGUCAAGGGCCGAGGCACUAGCUAGCAGGACAAGUCGUGCGGAUCAUGCAGACACUGUUGCUAGACUGUACCAUGGUCUUUUCUCUAUGGCUGACAAGGUGAAUGGCGCUGUUACUGGCAAUUCAUGGUUUGACACCAAGAUUGGAGUCGUCGAUGAAAUUUUAAAGAGACUGGAGGGGAAACUUUUCCAUGACGCGGGACUUUUCUACACGUCCCCUCAAGAUGCGCCACUCCACGGACAUACGUCCGCUCUGAGAUAUAUUGUUGCAACUCCAGCAUUUCAUUGUACUAUUUCAAACGCUUCAGACCCAAAUGAUCCAACGUGGCGAAGAGUUCAUGAUCGAAUAAUAGCAGUUUGCGAACGUACCUGGACAAGCGUCAAGCCCGUACUGUGCGUCGACUCGCCUGAGGGACACACCGACGAGCUUCUAGAUGACUUUAUGGUAGGCCCGAAGGACCUGCUCUCAUAUUCGUGGCGCGCCUUGAAAGAUUCUAGUCUUUUACUCCAUGCGAUCGUUUCAAACACAACAUACGCACCACGAGACGGCGGAAAUGGCAUGCUGCGCGCCGAUUACGAGGCCAUUGGUACGCUUAGCUUCGUCCAGCUAUCACAGCUUCGACACCGAGGGGCAUUUAGUGCGGUUUCACAAACUUUUGAAACAUGCUGCGUGCGGUGCGCUGAGAGCCGAGACCUUGAAAUUUCCAGUCUUCCAGAUAUGUGGUACCAGGAGUCUUUGAAAUUAAUCCAGGACCAAGCUUCUAAAUUGACAAGAAGAUCGGCUGGCUUGCCAGCUUUAGUCAAUGGGAUAUCCAUUGCCAAGUCUGGCAAACCCCUGUUUGACAAGAUCAUGAACGAACUCUUAGAAACAUCAAAUUCCCCGGCGGCGCAAGCCGCUAGCUACCAUGAGCUUUCUCUUCCCCAAGUUCACGCUAUGAACUGCUUGAGGAGUAUUCUCACCAACACGAAAUUAGCAUCACGCACUGAGCCUCGUGUCAUGCCGAUUCUCAGACUUGCUGCGGAUUGCCUAAGCUCCCCAAUCUGGGCUAUCCGGAACUGUGGUCUAAUGCUUUUCCAUGCCCUGAUGAAUAGGAUGUGUAAACGGACGCCCGGAACACGAUUUGGAUUCAGCGGCGCUUCGGGCACUGAGUCUAACAUGACUAUUCCUUUCCAGAAGUAUACCGGGUUAACUCAGCUUAUGGCUGAAUUACUGGCAUCUGCAGAUGAAGCACGGUAUUCCUCUAAUGAUGAAAAGGGGACGUUGACUUCUGCUGAAACAGAGAAAGUGUUCCCAGCCCUGGAAAUUCUUGCCGAGAAAAUCCCAUCUACUGUUGAUGAUGACGAUGCUUUGCUUCGCGAUUUGGUCUUGGUUCAUGUCAAGAGUACUAUCUGGGCUGUCCGUGACCAUUCAGCCAGAGUAUAUGCGUCCCUACUGCGCUCUGAUGAGAUACUGUCCUCGACGAAUGCAUUGCUUGAUGGUAAUGUUACGAGGCUGUCUCAGAUACAUAUACAUGGAAAAUUGCUGUGUAUAAGAUAUGCCUUGUUGAGAAUCUGGCACUCUGAUUAUUGGCGAGUUAUCACCCAGACAAUAAGUUUCGCGAACGAGGUUCUCGAUACCUAUGGAAUAGAGCACAGCCUGGCAGAACUAGUCAGUACUGUACCAGAGAGUCUAGACCGAUUCAAUUCAAUGCGCGCCGAAUCUCUGCUCCGUCGCUCGCUUACUUGGUGUAUCAUACUGACAAAUUCCCUGUCACUCAUCGUCUCCGAACCCGAAUCGUCGCCAGCCAAGCUCAUCGGGCCGUUCUUCGACCUUUCCACGAGUGACAGUGAUGCUGCCUGCUGGAUCUUGGAGCGCGUCCGCGUCUUGUGUUGUGGCUACGAGAAGCAGAAAAAUUUCCUCAGUCUUUAUCUUCUUAUCUUGCUUCAGGGCUUUCACGAGGAGAAUAUCAAAGCGAAUACAGCCCUGAAUCUGGCAGAAAUCUUAGAGGAUGCCUUAGAAAAGGAUGUGCAGGUGGACUUUUUGAGUAAAUGGGCACGCGUGUCAGAUCAUCUCGCCAUUCAAUCUCAGGAAAGUAUUUGGGGUCGAGAAUUAGCCGAAAACGUGCUUCGUCUGCAAGGCUCUCUGCUGGCUUUGAAAUACAUGUAUGCAGAGAGCACAGAUCUGGCAAAAUCAGCCGGAGAACUCGAGUCGAUUGAUCUGCGACGUUGGGCUGUUACUCUUCGGUCUGCCUUGAAUGAGGACACGGUUUAUUCCGCCCGGUUUUCUGCCAUCAUGUCCCUGAAGACCUUCAGUCGGGUACUUCGCAAGCCUGAUCAAUCCGCCGAUACGUCUCUUGUAUCACUCGAGCUUUACAUGCUACUUCACGACAUGCUAAAUGACGACGAUGACGAGCUCCGCUCGCUUUCAGCGCUUAUUGCUUCGCGAAUUCUCUCGUAUUCAGCACUGUUUCCCAACCGAACAGUUGCCCUGAGUUCGGUGCCUGCAAGUGAAAGCCUGACAGAAUUUAUGGCUGUUACUUACUCAUCUCAAUCAUCCUUGUUUCAUCACAGCAUUGCGCGAUUGAUGGGGCCAUCCAUUCGCCAGAAGGACCGGUCCAGGCCAGAUUUUAUUCCUUUCAAGACACUUUUUGAAGGAUAUUGCACAGAGAGCGCUGUGCUUUUCGAAGUAGAGAAACAAAACUUGUUCAUUGACGACGUUCGAGAGUGCGAUAAUUGGACGAAGGUUUUCAAACAGUUAGACAGAUCUAUUCAUGAUAAAGACAUGAUCAGCAAGCUUGCAAAAUGGGCGUCGGAGGGAUUGGGGUAUCUCAAUGAUAGGAUGGCGCCAUCCCCUGACAGACAGGAAGACAAUAUUAUGGGCUGGACAUCGAAGCCUGAGGUGUAUGCCCUGGGAGCUUUGUUGUUCAAUGUUGCAUCGCUGCUCAUCUUCAUCUCUGCAGAAUCAGAUAUGAAGAUUGCCAGGACAGCUGAUAAUAUCAUACCAACAGCAGCCCUUAAAGAGGCAUUGAACACUCUCCAUGAAAGAGGGCGAUCAAUCUUCCUGCAUCCUCACUGGUUGAAUAGGGUCCAAGCUGCAAUUUCUGUUAGAGAGAAAGAUAGCUAG